AUGGCCGCACGAUUCUCCCGUCCUUUGCUGCGUCGCAUUGGCGUCAUGUCAACUACUGGACCUUGCAAUCAUGUUUUAGUUUCGAGAAAUGUUUCCAAUGCUUCAAAAGGCUCGGAAGAUGCGCUAAAGGUGAAUUUUAAGCACUGGAUGAAGAAAGAGGUGAUGCUGCUGGCGUUUAUGGUGGUAACUGGAGCUGCAGGUGUUCGCUUUUACCAGAACCGUGAGAAUGCACCGGUGAAUCAAGUCCAGCAGUUGCUGAAGCAGGCAGAACAGAGUGCGGGGGAGGAAGAUGCGAAACAAGCAAUUAGACACUGUCUCCACGCGUACGACGUCAUCAAGAGUACCAAUUCGCAUGAUCGCCAUUUGUUUGAGGUAGCGUUUGCCAUUGCUGCGCAGUAUGACGCUCUGGGAAGAAGCGAGGUUGCAACGAAGUAUUACCUUGAUGCGUUGGAGCAUAACUUGCGAGAGACAAAUGUCGCUAAGAGGGAGAAAAACUGUGUGGUCACACUCGACCGCAUCGCACAGUCGUACGAGAACAGGGGUCACAUCACGACUGCGGAGAAGUAUUACAAGCAGUCCAUCAGCGCGUAUAAUCAAAACCAAGGACGACGAGAAAUGUCCAAAACAUCAAGAAGUGAGGUUGAGGAUCUCUCAGCACUUGACCGCGAGAUCCCUGCCGUGCUUUACAACUAUUCACAACUACUGAUGGCUAACAAGCGCUGGAACGAGGCCAGCAACGCAUUGCAGCGCGCUGCGACUCUUGCGCGAGUUUCCUCACUGUCCGAGGAGUAUGUGAAACUCAUUGAUGGUGCCAUUGCAAAUGUCCGGCUGGCCAGAACGACCGAAAAAAGUAAUAGGAAUGAGCCCUGCAUUGCGCCUGUGAAGUCAUUCUGA